CUCCGUUUGGCCACGAGACUUCUGGGGCAAAGGCUGUUUGACAAGCUGAUGAAGAUGACUUUCUACGGACAGUUUGUGGCCGGCGAGGACCAGCAGUCCAUCCGGCCCCUGAUCCAGCACAACAAGGCCUUUGGUGUUGGCUCCAUCCUGGACUACGGAGUAGAGGAGGACCUGAGCCCCCAGGAAGCGCAGCAGAAGGAGAUGGAGUCCUGUACCUCGGCUGCAGAAAGAGACGGUAGUGAUACAAGCAAGAGGGAGAAGCAAUACCAGCCCCAGCGGGGCUUUGGGGACCGUAGGGACGGUGUCAUCAGUGCCCGUACCUACUUCUAUGCCAGUGAGGCCAAGUGUGACAGCCACAUGGAGACAUUCCUGCGCUGCAUUGAGGCUUCAGGUGGAGCCAGUGAUGACGGCUUCUCAGCCAUCAAGCUCACUGCACUGGGGAGACCCCAGUUUCUGCUGCAGUUCUCGGACGUGCUGACCAAGUGGAGACGGUUUUUCCACCAAAUGGCUGCAGAGCAAGGAAAGGCUGGGCUCACGGCCGUGGACGUGAAGCUGGAGGUGGCAGCACUGCAGGAAAGCGUGGCAAAGAUGGGCAUCGCGAGCAAAGCGGAGAUCGAGGAUUGGUUCACAGCUGAGACCCUGGGGGUGUCUGGCACCGUGGACCUGCUGGACUGGAGCAGCCUCAUCGAUGGCCGGACCCAGCUCUCCAAGCACCUGGUGGUCCCAAACCCAGAGACAGGGCAGCUGGAGCCUCUGCUGUCGCGGUUCACGGAGGAGGAAGAGCUGCAGAUGACAAGGUUGCUGCAGAGGAUGGACGUCCUGGCCAAGAAAGCCACAGAGGUGGGCGUGCGGCUGUUGGUAGACGCCGAGCAGACCUACUUCCAGCCGGCCAUUAGCCGCCUGACGCUGGAAAUGCAACGCAGGUUCAACGUGGAGCAGCCGCUCAUCUUCAACACGUUCCAGUGCUACCUGCGGGAUGCCUAUGACAAUGUGACCCUGGAUGUGGAGCUGGCUCGCCGUGAGGGCUGGUGUUUCGGGGCCAAGCUGGUACGGGGGGCCUACAUGGCCCAGGAACGUGCCCGUGCCAAGGAAGUUGGCUAUGAGGACCCCAUCAAUGCCACAUACGAGGCCACCAGUGCCAUGUACCACAGGUGCCUCAACUACAUUCUGGAGGAGCUGAAACACAAUGCCAAGGCCAAGGUGAUGGUGGCUUCCCACAAUGAGGACACGGUGCGCUUCACACUGCAGAGGAUGGCGGAGCUGGGCCUGCACCCUGCAGAACACCAGGUGUACUUCGGACAGCUGCUGGGCAUGUGUGACCAGAUCAGCUUCCCGCUGGGCCAGGCGGGCUUCCCCGUGUACAAGUAUGUGCCCUACGGCCCAGUGAUGGAGGUGCUGCCCUACCUAUCGCGCCGCGCCCUGGAGAACAGUGGCAUCAUGAAGGGGGCCCAGCGGGAGCGGCAGCUGCUGCGGCAGGAACUCACCCGGAGACUCUGCACGGGCAGCCUCUUCUACCGCCCGGCCUAG